CCCAACAAGCUCAUUAUCAGGCAGCCAUCUUGGUGUCUAUCAUCGGAGCAGCGACUCACAGCCUACUCUAUCUGAGCUAGCUGGGCGAGAGGAGAGGCAGAGCGUUGUUAUCCCAGUACCCAGACCGCACCGCGCUGCAGAGACGCACAGGGGAGAGGGCAGGGCUGCAGCCUUUGUUGAGACCGACGCACGGUGGCUUUUCUCCUUACUCAUCUGUGAAGGGAGGAGAGCGUGAAGGGCGAGGAAUAACAAACCCAGCAUCCAUCCAGCCUCCUCUUUUCUCUCUCCCUUUGUUUUCAGCAAAUAGACUGGCCUUACUUUGCAUUGCCUGUUUUUCUGGAGAGAGCUGCGUUGUUUCCAUUUGCCUCUCAGCCCUCUAUUCGCUGAGUCAUCAUGGCAGACCUGAUGGCCCAGCCCGACGCCCCGACUCCCACCACCGACAAGAUCACGCAGGCCGCCCGGGAGACCAUCUACCUGUGUAACUUCCGCGUGUCGGUGGACGGAGAAUGGCUCUGUCUCAGGGAGCUGAAUGACAUCUCCCUCACCCCAGACCCAGAGCCAGCCCACGAAGAUCCGAAGGACCCUAUAGCCAUCGAGCGGUUGAACCUGAUGAACAUGGCUAAGCUGAGCAUCAAGGGUCUGAUUGAGUCGGCCCUGAACCUGGGCAGGACCUUGGACUCUGACUACGCUCCGUUACAGCAGUUCUUCGUGGUCAUGGAGCACUGCCUCAAACACGGACUCAAAACCAAGAAGACGUUCCUGGGGCAGAACAAGUCUUUCUGGGGGGCCCUGGAGCUGGUGGAGAAACUCACCCCUGAGGCUGGAGAGAUCACCGCCAGCGUCAAGGACCUGCCAGGACUCAAAACCCCAUUAGGAAGAGGGCGGGCCUGGCUGCGAUUGGCCCUGAUGCAGAAGAAGCUGUCAGAUUACAUGAAGACCAUCAUCAACAGAAAGGACCUGCUCAGUGAGUUCUACGAGUCCAACGCUCUCAUGAUGGAGGAGGAAGGAGCCGUGAUCGCCGGACUGCUGGUUGGGUUGAACGUCAUCGAUGCUAAUCUCUGUAUGAAGGGAGAAGACCUCGACUCACAGGUCGGGGUGAUAGAUUUCUCCAUGUAUCUUAAGGAUGGUCAAAGCAGCAAGACGGCAGAAGGGGAUGGCCAGAUCACAGCCAUCCUGGACCAGAAGAACUAUGUUGAGGAGCUCAACAGACACCUGAGUGCUUCAGUCAACAACCUGCAGGCCAAAGUAGACGCUAUGGAGAAGUCCAACACCAAGCUCACUGAAGAGCUUGCAGUAGCCAACAACAGGAUCAUCACCCUACAAGAGGAUGUAGAACGAGUCAAGGAGGAGAGCUCCAACCAGUCCAGUCGCAAGGCAUCGCGGGCAGGGGACAGCUUGGCAGACGGUCAGGCUGGGGAGGCACGCAAACAGCUCAAGGAGGAAACACAGCUACGAUUGGAUGUAGAGAAGGAGUUGGAGGUUCAGAUUGGUAUGAAGCAGGAGAUGGAGCUGUCUAUGAAGAUGUUAGAGACGGAUAUGUGUGAGAAACAGGAUGCUCUGGUUGAGCUACGACAACAGCUAGAAGACCUCAUCCUCAACCAGCAGCUAGCGCAGAAGUCCCAGAACUUGGAGGCGGGCGCCAAGCAGAAGAGUGAGGUCAUCAGUCGCCUGGAGGAGAAGACUAAUCAGAUGGCUGGAACUAUAAAACAGCUGGAGAGCAGUGAGAAAGACUGUGUGAAGCAGGCCAGAAGCUUGAGUUCCAAUGCAGGGAAACUGCUUCAGAAGCAACUAUAGGACUCUCCUCUCUUCCCUUUCUCUCCCCACAAUGACACCCACAUCAUAGUUUCAGAAAUCUGAUUCCCAAUCGAAACAUAAAACCAACCUUUGCAUAAUAUAGAAAUGACUAAGCUAGGGUAUUUAUUUUGAUAUGAUAUCUGUUGCGGUUAAACCUUUUCAUUUCUAACUGUUAAACAAUCUUUUGUUUCCUAAAACUAAACUUUCCUUAAACAGUUUUCCUGACAGCAUUACUUUGAUUAGCAGCAUGGACUGGAGACAGGCUAGAGGGCACCAGAGAGAGGCUAUCUUUCUGUUGUACUGAGACAGGCUAGAGGGCACCAGAGAGAGGCUAUCUUUCUGUUGUACUGAGACAGGCUAGAGGGGGCCAGAGAGAGACUAUCUUUCUGUUGUACUGAGACAGGCUAGAGGGCACCAGAGAGAGACUAUCUUUCUGUUGUACUGAGACAGGCUAGAGGGGGCACCAGAGAGAGGCUAUCUUUCUGUUGUACUGAGACAGGCUAGAGGGGGCCAGAGAGAGACUAUCUUUCUGUUGUACUGAGACAGGCUAGAGGGGGCCAGAGAGAGGCUAUCUUUCUGUUGUACUGAGACAGGCUAGAGGGGGCCAGAGAGAGGCUAUCUUUCUGUUGUACUGAGACAGGCUAGAGGACUGUUGGACUAGCAGUGCAGGGUGACUCCACUCACAGAACUACAUCUUUCUGUGUUAAUAAAGAUAUCAGACCCACAGCUGUAAUGAAUGUUCCCUGAUAAGAGGUUUGGGAUGUCUGCCAUUUUAGUAAGCGAGAGGUUACUGUUCUGAAAACUCUAAAUAUUUGCUAUUUCUUGAACAUCAACACAUCCAGACGCCCCCUACAGUGGCUUACCGUAGGUCCUUAGACCAGCCCAAUGCUACGUACAGCUUGUCCUUAGACCAUACAGACAUACGUGCUUAACCAGCCACUGAGCAGCCCUCUUUCUCACCCCAUGGUUAAUAAAGGUCUGGCCUCCUGCACCGUUAAGUGAUAAUGCCUGAGAAGCCCUCUUUCUCACCCCAUGGUUAAUAAAGGUCUGGCCUCCUGCACCGUUAAGUGAUAAUGCCUGAGAAACCCGUGUUUGGAGGACAUAUUGGCACGGGUGUUGUUAGGCCCGAGACGAAGUUGAGGCAAACCGUGCCAAUAUGUCCUCCAAACACGGGCUUCUCAGGCAUUAUCACUUUUAUACAACAGGUUACCAACCUAUUCAAAUAACGAUUGACAUUUUCAUUAGCUUUAUUUUGAUAAAUGUAUUCAUACCGUUUCAUCUUUACACAAAUCUAGGGUUACUAUCCAAGCUGGCUGGUCGUUCGUUCUAUCAGUUCGGUUACCAGAGACGCGACCCAGUCGUUUUGUUCUGUAUCUAUGGAUGCAACACAGUCGUUCGUUCUCAAUGUUCUAUUGCCAUACUGGCUGGCAACAUUCUUGUCCUUUGCUUGCUAGCUAGCCAACUACGGCUAACUUAGUCACAUCAAAAAGUGUAGCCAGAUAACAGCAAAGUAGCUGUAUUUGCAUGCUUGUUUAAGUAGUUUUCUAGUGACCGUUAUUUGGAUACAUUCAUAAGAAUUAGCAAAAGAAGCGCGAUUUCGCCUGGCAAGGAAAAUGUGCUCACUCAUCAGGACACUGUUGUUCAAAGGAGCUAGCCAAAAACACAGCUAACACAAUCACUGUUGUUCAGAGGAGCUAGCCAAAAACACAGCUAACACAAUCACUUCAAACUAAAGCUGGAAAGACUGCGAACUAGCUGCACUUCGUUUGACCCUUUUUAUAUUAACAUUUGUUUGUAUAUAUCCAUAAGAAUCAUGCGGAUUCAUGACUUGGACUGGCUGAGUCCAGACCUCUACACUUUCAUUACAAUGGGUCAGCUGGAGAUGGAAUUUCAAUAUUGAAACAAUGUUGCAAAUGUCAGAGAGACAGACCGCAAGUUUUAUUAAAUCUCCGCUGUUGAAAACCAAUUGCUAGUUAAAAAGAAGUGGGAGAUAAUGUCUUGAUGCUUUUUACAGUGGAGAUCGGGUUUAUAAAUUGCCUGGCUGGGCUGAUGAGACAGUGGAUUGGUGCAGUCAGAUGGAACAGAGUAAAUAAGCAUUUUAACGUCAUAGAUUUAACCGGUGGUAAAUUGUGGAAUAGACACCGCCUGGAAUGAAGUUUUAACCAAUCAGCAUUAGGCCCAACCCUAAUGUCAUGGUAUAAAGUACCGUACCAUGACAUCUGGACCAUACAGCACACACAGUUUGUAGCUGUGCUUCCUUCGCUAGUCUGACUCCAUACAGCUUUCUGUGGAACCAUGCUGUUGGCCACUCACUGCUGUAUGGAGCAGUGGGCUGGUCCCAGAUCAGUCUGUGCUGUAUGGAGCGGUGGCCUGGUCCCAGAUCAGUCUGUGCUGUAUGGAGCGGUGGCCUGGUCCCAGAUCAGUCUGUGCUGUAUGGAGCA